AUCCGUCCGGCCGCGCCACCGGCCGACGCGCACACGCGGGGAGGGGAGGGUGAUGGAGACCGCCGGCCGGACCGGUCGAGCUACAGGGUAGACAAGGCUUUGUAGCUGUACUAUUGUAUCAUCACCCCUUUUUUGUUGCUUGCUCCCAUACACUUCUUCCUCCUAGCUACAUACAAUUAUUCCCUCCGGUCCGGUCCAGGGCUCCGGCAGCGGCAGCGCCAAGCUAUAUAUAUUUCCUUCCUGCCCACCAAGCUCCCAACCUCAUUCAUACAUACUCUAGCAUCACACAAGGUUCAAGCUACAGCAACAUAGAUAUAUGCCCUGCCUAAUUCCUGCUACCUACUCUACAUACCUAGCUUCUUCUCUCCUCUCUGGAGAUCUUGUCAAUCUCUCUCUCCUCCGUCUAGCUAGUUAGAGCUAGCUCAAUUGGUGCCUUUAGGCAACGAAGUUCAUCGAGAUCUCUCAUCCAUACCCGUAGUACAAAUCGCAAUUCACAAUUCAAAUUGUAGAGAGAGUCGAGCUGAGCUGAGCAGGGGGAGGUUUCAGAGGGAAGAUAGUGCACAGAUAGAGAGAUAAGUGUUUCCAUGGGGCUGAGGGACAUCGAGAUGACGCUGCCGCCGGGGUUCCGCUUCUACCCGAGCGACGAGGAGCUGGUGUGCCACUACCUGCACGGCAAGGUGGCCAACCAGCGCUUCGCCGGAGGAGCCGCCGGGACCAUGGUGGAGGUCGAUCUGCACGUCCACGAGCCAUGGGAGCUGCCAGACGUGGCGAAACUGAGCACAAACGAGUGGUACUUCUUCAGCUUCCGCGACCGCAAGUACGCGACGGGGCUGCGCACGAACCGCGCCACCAGGUCCGGCUACUGGAAGGCCACAGGCAAGGACCGCGUCAUCCGCAGCCCGAGGUCGUCGUCAUCCCGCUCUGGCCGCGCCGCCAUCGUCGGCAUGCGCAAGACCCUCGUCUUCUACCGCGGCCGCGCCCCCAACGGCAGUAAAACCUGCUGGGUCAUGCACGAGUUCCGCAUCGAAAACCCUCACGCCCCACCCAAGGAGGACUGGGUGUUGUGCAGAGUUUUCCACAAGAAGAAAGCUGACACGGAGUACGCCAUGGACGGCGAGCAAGAGAUCGUCGGGGGCAUGGCUCGCAGCGCUGCUGCCGUGAGCGGAUCCAACUACGUCAGCUCCUCCGCCUGCCACGAUCCUCAGUAUCACCACUCGCCUACGGCGCCGUUCCCUUCCCUUGGCGCCGGAGGCCACCCUUACCAGCUCACGUCCUGUGAUCAUCACCACACCCACGGCGCGGCCGGCGUCUCGCUCGCCGACAUGGACCCCUUCGCGGACAUGCCACCGCUGACGAGCUACGACAGCAUCCUCGACUUCAGCCAGCAACUUCAGGGCGGCGGCGCUGGUUUGAGGGACGGCGCCGGGGAUCAGUGUGGUGGGGAGCUGAUGGACCUUGGGCUGCAGGUGCAGGAGGAGCACUACAACUACAACAGCUUGAUGUAGAUGUGAAUAUAUGAUAUGGAUCGGUGGGUGCUGCAUGCUGCUAUUGCUCGGCCAUACACAGUAGUGUGUAUUGGCCAUCAUUAUUCGUUUGUGAUCUUGUGCAGAUUUCGUUAUUUGUGCAUGUAGUGUAGGGUAGAAGCAUAAUACAUACUAUAUACAUACUAUUGCAAUGGGUUAUAUAAUUGAUCUCGAUUGAUUAGGAUAUGUGAGAGUGUGAGGCUGGUGUGUCAUGUACAUAUGUACUGUAUGGAUCAUUUCUGUUGUUGGAGAAUGGUUACAAGUUGGGGCAUUUGAUGUUGUUGUUCGUAUACCUGUAAUGACUAAUAAUUAUCUAUACAUGUUCAAAUUAUAUCA